CUUCAUUUAGCAGCAAUAUUAAAUUUCUAAAUAGAAAUUAUGGAGAUUUGCCCUCCCGACCCGUGAGCCACUAAGUUAAAGAAAGGCGUCCGGUGUCAAUUAUAGAAGCAAAGAAUAAAAUUCGACUGGAUCACGAUGAAUGCUGCAAUUGUUGUUGCUGCUGCAUACCACAACCCACUGCUUUCGUGAGUACAAAUUAUAUUACCGGCAUAACUCAUCGUAUGAUCUUGCCAUAUUAUUAUAUACAUUUAUUAAAUAAAAUGAAGAAAUACAGGUAUUUAAAAAAAAAAAAGAAUACUAUGAAAUUUAUUAUAGGAAUAUAUUCAACCGGAAAUACCGAAAUCCUUCCGACCAAUUCGAGUAAGUGUCAAUGAUGAAUCCUUUAACGAAUUCCUACAAAAACAAAAAGAUCAUAAUUUUUAUUUUGUAGUAUUAUUGGAAAUCGGAUGUGCCAAUGGAGGAAGGCACAACUUAUCGAUAUUCCUAUUGGGACGGACCUCGUCCACUUGUUGAACCGAUAAAACCCAAAGAUUGUCUAACUGUUGGUGAUGGUUGCAUAACCGACGAAACGACACAUAAACUGAGUUACUUGGGUAAUUGGUGCAUUAAAACGGAACCAUGCAUUACACCCUGCGAUAAGCAAUGGCUUGGCAGAGGUCCUAUGCAAGACGAAACUACUCAAAAACACGAUUAUACGUGGAAAUCGAUAAUACCACCUGAAGCUAUUAAAACAAGAAGCAGUUUGUAUCUUCCUUGUGCUUCUCUUUCUGAUGACACGACUUAUCGAUUAAGUUAUUUCCCUUCUGGUUGUCGUCUUCCUACGCAGUCUUAUGCGCCUAAACAAGAAUAUAACAAGCCAGAAGUACCGAUGGAUGGUUGCACGACAUAUAGAUUGAGCUAUUGGCCAAACGAACCACCAACGAAGGAAGAUCAACCUUGGCGAAAGAAGGAAGAAUAUCAUCGGCCAGUUGAUACUAUGGAAAAUUGUACAACAUAUAAACUGAGCUACUGGCCACAUUGUGAGAAACCUCGAACACCUUUUAUGGUACAGGAUUCAGAAAAUAUACUUAAUGCAGAUUGUUGCUUCAACGAUGACACAAUUUAUCAAUUGAGUUACUUCAAUUGUGGAGGCGAGAGAAGUGAUGCAGUAAAACCACAGGAGAACAUUUGUGUGUCGUCUUGUCCACUUUCUCAUGAUACAGUUCAUAAAUUGAGUUUCCUAGGGAAUUGGUGUGUUACACCCGAAAAAUCUAUAAUACCCUGUGAUAGACAAUUAUUAGGCAGAGGACCUAUGCAAGAUGAGACAACACAAAAACAUGAUUACACUUGGCGACAGUGUAUACCUCCGUCAGGAAUAAGACCAGAAGAUAAUCUUAUAUGUGCUCCACUUCCAUUGGAAUGUUGUACCACUCAUAGAUUGUCAUACAUACCAAACAAUUAUGCGUCAUUGUUACGAAAUAAUUCGUACACUUAUCAACGCUUAUACCAACGGCCAAGUUUGCCGAUGGAAUCAGAGACUACCAUGCGUUUGAGUUAUCAACCUGUUGAACCUGCGGUUCCAGUGUCUAAACCUUGGAGCAAAAUACCAUUGUAUCGUUCACCGAUUACUCCUUUAGAUGACAAUACAACGUAUAAUUUAAGCUACAUACCACCUGGAACUCUGGUGCCAUUGUCACCGUGUUGUGCACCUUGUUCUACGUCAAAUAAUUGUACCGUACCAUCAUGUCAACCGUGUCAACCGUGUCAAGUUUGUCCUGCGUCUUAGAUGAAUGUAUCUUUAUCUUUUCUCGUGAAAUCGAUAGAAGAAGAUAAAAUGUCAACUUGUAUAACUGUCAGAGUAAUAAAGAAAAUAAAAACUUA